UGUCAAAGGAAAUUUCACCAAAUCUCUGAAUGACCAAAUCUUUGGCGCUGAUCAAAGGCUGAGCACGUCUGUGGUUCAGCUAAGUACCUAAAUCGAAAAUGUCUGUUGACAAUAAAAGCACGAUGACAACGGGAACAUCGAUGGUGCCAGAGAAAACUAAAACUACAGAUGAUAGUGAGGAAAUCCUCGAUGUGGCAUUGCGGGUGUCAGCAAAUGGGAUGAGACUAGGCAGCCUCCUCCGCACUUGGACUGAAGUUUCCAGAAUAAAUUACAUGUCCUCGCAGCCCUUGGACGUUAUUACUUCUGCCAUACAUGUCGAAGGAGACAACAUAAGACGUCGCACAAUUGGUAUACCGAUGAAUGUGUAUUCGAUACAAUCGUUCGUCCCCACGGAACUUCGAAACAAAAGUGAAGAAGAGCUGUUCGCCGAGCAAUUUCCCGUGAACGUAACUCCUUUGAUGAACGAGGAUCAACUAUGGGGUUGCUUCUACAUAGUCCCGGAGAUCUACGCAGAUAUAUACUCACCUACAGUAAGAAUUCGAAAAAUAGAAGAUGUCCCGGAUUUAGUUGGAGGGGUCCUGACCAGGGACAUGGUGACCGCUUGCCUGUCCUAUUUGAAACGCACACCUAUACUGGGUGACUUUGUUUAUAUCAAACUUAACCUCGCUGCGAAGCACCUCAUUAACAUAGAUGUUCUACAACACUACAAAUAUAUAGUUUACCUGGACAUCUCGUCUAACUUGCUGACAGAACUUACCGUUCUUUCACACCUACUUUAUCUCCAGUUUCUCUCAGUUGCCUUCAAUAGGCUCAGCAACGUCUUGGAAUACGAUACACCCCAAUGGUUUUUAACAGAAGUACACUACAAAUUUAAUUCAGUAAAAAAAAUAAGAGAUCUCAGUAUGUUCUGGUCAAUAACGAUUUUAGAUUUGUCCCACAAUAAUAUCAAAAAUAUUAGUGGUCUAGAAAACUUGAGGUACUUACGCCGUCUGGACUUAUCAUUCAACCAUAUCCAGCGUCUGGAAAAUUUGAACAACUUACAUUUACUCUGGCUCGACGUAUCCUACAAUAACAUCUCAAGCUUCGAAAUCAGUGCCACCACCGGCCUGUGGACACUUCUAUAUCUUGAAUAUUUGAAUCUCAACGAAAACAAUCUAACAUCUAUGAAAAUAUUUUCUGGUUGUACUAGACUCCGCGAAUUGCAUGCGCGUAACAACCGCCUGUGUAUGCUCCUCGAACUGGCGGUCUACAUGCGCCAGAUGCGCAGACUGAUCGUGAUGGACCUACGAGCCAACCCGGUAUGCUCAACGCCGGGGUACAAUGAGGUCGUCAUUAACACCUUCCCCCUGCUACUCAGCUUAGACGCUCAAGAAUUGGACCCUGUCAUACAGAGAAGUUACAAAAUGGAGAAGACGCCCGACAUUCACACAUUUGCCACACGUCGCCUGUUGCGUCUUUUAUACAUUGAGCAGCUGUCACGAGCUCGGGUAUCCUCCAAUGUACCACCUGCUGACACUACCGACAUUGGUCUGGUCGUACUAGUUGGUUACGAAUGUGUAGGUAAAGGCACAUUAGCGAGGCGACUCGCUCAGUGUUGUCCGUCAAACGUGGAGCUCGGUUGCCUACACACCACAGCGACCUAUCAUGCCCUUAACCGCUACAAGGAGGUUUCACGCAUCAAGUUCGAUGACAUGCUGCUUGCCGGUGAAUUUCUCUCUUAUAGUGAAAUGGACGGAGAAUCAUAUGGGCUGAGCCGUGAAGAAGCAUUCGUAAAUGAGGGUAAAGUUAAGAUUGUUUGUAUGGACCUAAUAGGGGCAUUGAUGCUUGCGUUGCGCGGACUAAGACCUUACUUAAUUCUUGUCACCAAAUUAGACAAAGUAUCACUAGAAUUGAAACAAAAGAAACGUAGAAGCGAGCGUAAUUUAGCAAACCAGCAAAGAAUGUCGUUGGAAACACCGUUGGAAAGAUCAACUUUACAAGUGUUGUUGUCGGGCCGAAUCAUAAUUACAGGCAUACUUAACGAAAUCCUUUAUUUUCUGCCCGAGGAAAAAGAAAAAAGUGAAUUCGUUAUGGAGUCGGAAUGUUCCCUCAUGAUGGACAGCGAAGCACGCAAGGCCACGAACAAUUACAACAGGGGAUACAAUCUACUCACAUUAUUAGCACCGAGCACUACUUCGAUAGAAGAAUCGGCACACCGUCCUCAAGAACAAAGUCAAGUAGAAUCCAGUUUGUAUUCCUUAUACAAGGAGUCGCAGGGAACGGACGCGGAGUACAAUAGCUAUGGACAAAGCUCCUACCAAGAGAGCAGGAAUCAAACUAACGCUAAGCACAAUGAUAGACGACAAUCUAAGGGUGGACCGAAAAGUGUUGAUUUUAGUAGAUACACCUCUUCAACAUGGAAAGGAUAUUCUGUGUUGCCGGAUGGCUCGAAAUCUUCCAAAUCGGUAACGUUCACAUCUCAGGACAAUGUUGGUCACGUGGACACGACAGGCAAAGCAGCUGAACCAAAACAGCCAGCUGAGAAAGGCAGUGGUAAAAUCGAUGAUCCUCGAGCACCAAAUAAGAUGAAGACAGGCCGCUCAAUCAGUACAAAAGUUACAGGACUGAAGGACGGCGGACGGUUCGCUACCACUGGCAACUCCAGCGAUGACCUGGACUUGUGGCUCGCGUUUUUAAUGGAAACCGGCUUACUCAGAGCCAGUAGCUUCCGUCAAAUAUCUGAUGUCGCAGUACGCAAAGAUACCCGCGUGGACGAUCCUGAUGCAAUCAUAAGACAAUUGGCCGAUUAUCAAAUGGAACCUGGUGAAACUAGUACUACCAAUGUCAGAGAUGAUUAUGAAGAUAUCCAUCGCAAGUAUCCUGGAAUAUUUUGGGACACUGUAGCUACAGACAAUGCUGAUGAAGCUUACACCAAAUUGAAGCACAUCAUUCAAAAUAUUAUUAAUUUCCAACCUCGUCUGAAACCAAUGUUUGAUAUAGAUUUUGUAAACCUACCAUGCUAUUCUACUGUGGAAAGCAGGCUUGACAACAUUUCUAAACAAAUAGCACCUCAGAGACUAUUCAAUUAAAGUUAUUAAUAAAAAAUCAGAAUGUUUUAUUAUGUAAUAGUUGUAUUACAAUUAAGUAAAUUAGUAUAAUACAGCUUUGGAAUGAAAAGAUUAUCUAGAUUAUUUAGAGACUUAAUAUUUACCAAUAAACUUUGCAAUGAGCAAAAACAACUAUUGUUAGCAUUUACCAUUUUCACUAUAGGUAUAGAUAUGAGUGGAUAUAAAAUUGUGUUUAGAGAAUUGGCAUUCUUUAUUUAUCACAAAAACUAUAUUCAAUUAAAAAUGAUGCCCAUUUAGCUAAUGAGAUCAUCAAAAGGUAUCAUGGACUUUUUAGGAAUUCUACCAAAUACUAUUUAACCAAAUACAUUUUUACUAAGCCAAAUCAAAUGAAAUGGUAUAAAAUCUUUUCAUUCCUUCACUAAAUUCAUUUAUACAUCCAGUGAACGAAACUUAAAAUGGAUUUCUUAAUUGUUGUUUGUCUUAACACAUUAAAAUAUAAAAAACACUUCAUCUAAAGAUCAUUUAAAUACCAUUGUGUCGAGCAUUGCUCCAAGACAUUGCACAAUGUUAUUGGACAUUAGUACAUCUACUUUCUCUUCUAAAUGCCUCUUGGGAUCUUGUUUGCCUACAUUCUUAAUUGCCAACUGUUCGGGUGUCAUUUUCUCUUCAUCUUCAAGUGCUUUGUUGUAAUUUUUAGCUAGGUCCAGCAUAUCUGUCACUGUUGUUUCAUUGAUUGAACAGUGUUCCUUAUAAUCUGACAAUGUGAGACCAUCCAUCCAGGACUUUUUAUGAAGGUUCAACAGCAUCUUUUGCUCUAGCUCAUUUUUCCUAUAGUUUAUACUGAUAGAGUAAUAGUGGCGGUUGAGACCGUGAAUGAGAGCCUGCACUGAGGGUUUCUGUAAAUGACCCAAGUUGGAUGUUGUCUGCCUUGGUUCCUGCCCAAGCACCAUCAUGUUAGGAUUGAUUAGUCUAAACGCAUCAAUCACAACUUUGCCUUUUACUGACUGAAUCGGAUCAACCACUACAGCUACAGCACGUUCAGACAAAGCUUCGAAAGACUGCUGAGUAUUAAUGUCGACUCCAGAUAACCAACAUCCAAAGCCAGGAUGCGAGUGGUACC